GCUGACAGCUGCGGGCGGAAGUCCGCGUCACUCGAAGGACGAGGAGGCAGCGCGUCCCACUUCUCCAGGGGAGGGGGUGCGCGAGGGCCAGGGAGGGCGACGCGUUGGGCAUCACCGUUUGGGUCGGGCUUUCUCGUGGCCCACUUCUUCAGCAGCAGGGGUGCCGGGGAGACAUUGAAGCACCCUUUCUCCUAACCUGAAUGGAAAGCCACUGACUUGGCAGUAAAGGCAAGGAAGACUCCUGUAGCAGGGUAAAGAUCUGCAGUCUGCUAUAUCUCAAAGGCUCAGGACAGGUAACACAGGCCGUUAGAACACAGAUUGCCUUCCAGCUCUGACAGUGACAAGACUCUUGGGAAGUGUGUCAGGAGUAAAUCUUCUUCUUUCUGCUGUCACCAUUGCUUGUUUCCUUGCCUUCUUCCUCGCAGCCUGAUCCAUACAGUCAAUAAAAGAGAACAAGAGGGGCAAAAGGAAGAUGCUAUUCUACACCCUCACUUUUGUCCUUGAUUUCAUAGAAGAGAAAGAAAGCCAUGUCCCAUUCUGAAAACAAGAGGCUCAUAUUUGGCCUAAUGGUAGGGGCUGCUGGAAUAACGCUAGUCCUGCUUUGGUAUCGCAAGACACGGGAAUACAGGAAAGCUGUACAUUUACCCAUGUACCUGAAUUCAGAAAAGAGUUUUGAUUUAAUAGAUUCCUCAUAUGAUACUCAUAGUGAACAAGGAACAGUGAUGCUUUUACAAAGAAGACAGCUUCAGAUACUGGAGAAACUGAAUGGUUUGCUGGUAAGUGUGGAUCAACUUAAAACAGAGGUGAAAUUUCUGAAAGAGGCUAUUCCAAAGUUGGAAGAAAUUGUUCGAGAUGAACUCCAGGGGAAGACGGAUACCCGAAGGACCAGCCCUUUACACAGAGCAACAAAGAAGAGGAAGGUUGAGGAGACUCAAGGUGUGUCAGACACCACCAGUUCUGAAGAGGCCGAAAGUGAAGGCGGUUACAUUACAGCUCAUACAGACACUGAAGGGGAAUCUGAGGAAGAAAAAGGAUGGAUCAAUUCCUCUACAUCUUUAUUGACAUCAGAAGAGAAAACAGAUUUGUGUGAUCUUCUUCAGGAGGUGGACAGGUUGAAUGGCGGUUCGGACAAUGAGAAGAGAGAGAGCUUCAGACUUUUGCGUGAAAAUGAGGAAAAGUACAGAAACUCUUCUGGCUUUCUUUGGAGACUUGCCCGUGCUUAUGGAGACAUGUUUUCGGUGGCUACAGAUGCUGAAGAAAAAAAGAACUAUGCUUCUGAAGGAAAACUUGUAGCUGGGAAUGCUAUCAGCCUGGAUUCAUCCAUUGCUGAAAGCCACCAGUGGUUUGCAGUGAUGUGUGGCUACAUGUCUCAGUUUGAAAGUAUACAGAACAAAAUCAAGAAUGGCUAUCUCUUUAAGGAACAUCUAGACAAAGCCAUUGAGCUUAAACCUCAAGAUCCAUUUUUAUAUUACCUAACUGGAAGAUGGUGUUAUGAAGUAGCUCAGUUGUCUUGGAUUGAGAAAAAAGUAGCUGCUGCUCUUUUUGGGACUCCGCCAACUUCAACAAUACACGAAGCUUUGCAGAAUUUUCUUAAGGCUGAAGAAAUUCAUCCUGGAUAUUCUAAACAGAAUUAUGUCUAUAUGGCAAAGUGCUACAAAGACCUUGGCCAGAGGACCAAUGCCUUGCAGUGCUGUGAAUCUGCGCUGUCACUUCUGUCAGUGACCAAAGAGGAUCAAGAGGCAGAGAAAGAAUUAGAAGUUUUACUUCCAUCUCUGAAGCUGUGAUGACAACAUAGUGACAAAUCAUUCGGUUUGGUUAUGUUUAAUUCUGUGGAAGAAUUGCAGUUCUGAAAGCAUAUUUUCAUUAAUCCUGUCAAGAUUAAUGGUAUUCAUCAUUCUAUUGAAACUGGGAAAGAUGAUUCCAAUGGAGGAAGUUUAAUUUUGAGGUUACGUAAGCUCACAGCCUUCUAACAAAUUACUUAAAGGCUAGGAGCAGGGCAGUGGCCUGUGCAUCAUGAGCUGACGAAGACUGUCUUGUAUGCUAGGAUAAACUCACAUUGGCCAAAAUCCUGUUACACGGUGUAAGUGUAUAGUUGCAUAAAUUGUUGCAGCAAAUCGCUGCUAAUUAACAAGUUGCUGCUUGCAUUUUUAGGCAUGUGCCAAGCCGUGCAGCUGGCAAGCAGCUAGGAAUGUGAGCAGGAACUCUUUAAUCUGCUGCCAUGAUUUACACAAUUAUACUUAAAUGGACAGAAAUCCACAACAGGAUCCUGGCCAUUACCUUGGGUUUUGAGGCACUAUGAUUGUGAUUCUCUGUAUCAUUGUACAUGGAAGGUUGAUAAGCAACUGCACAAUGCUGCACGCGUUGUCCAUUGGCUGACCUAAGAAUGCUAUUAUCUCUGGGUUUAGGUUUAAACAUUGUUCUUCUUGAUAUGACAUCCACACAUGGUUAUCUAAAGUAUAUCCAGAGGUGGCAUAUGUGGAAUGGGUACUUAUUCCCAAAUUUCAAGCUGACAAUGAGACACAAUUUUAAUACAAUUAAUCUGCAGUUAACAGAUUGUGAGUCAAGACCCUUAGGUGAUGAUGCCAAGGAAAAUAGGACAUGAAAAUCGUGAAUUCAAUUAUUUUUUAAAAUCAUAGUGAUUAUUUCUCUCAUUUUUAGUUUUGAAUCUUCACUGAGAACCUCCAAGAAUGGAAUCCACUGCUGGCAAUGGAUGUCCUUAUAGCUGCUGAAUUGGGAGGAGGGGCAUUAAUAGGGCUAUGAAUGAUUAGCUAGUAAGUCUUCAUAGCCUAAAUCCAUUUGCUAGCCUCAACCAGUGUAGACCUGGUGAAGUCAUGGGAUUUACACGAGUGUUGGCUUACUGUUCAGCAAUUGAGUCAGCAAGUCUAUUCCAUUUGGGACAAAGGCCUGUGCCUUUAAAUAACUGUAUCAAGCAAUAUCUCUCAGACAGACAGGAGAGGUAAUAAUUAAGUAUGGACACGUCUUCACUUUAUUUUCCUCUCAGAAAGUAUUUUUUUGUAUAAUUGCACUUUGUGACUAUUAAUCUUUGGAAUUAUAAAUAGUACCACAAUAAAAACUUUGUAAAUAUGUUAUUUCCAUAUUCAUAUAUGUAACUGCCCCUGAAACUGAAAUACUAAAUGAGAUUUUAUGGAAUUGCUUGUUAAAGUAGUAUCUCUUUAU